AUGAAAGGAAGCUUUCUUAAAUACAUAGAUGAAACGUUACCCAAAAACCUUAAAGAUAACAACACUAACACAACAUCAACUACAAUGGAAAAUAUUCAAAUACAAUCCCCUACAUUACAAAUAACUGAAUCAGGUAAAGAUCAAGAAUACUUAGAGAUUUCUGAAGUACAAACAUUCUCUUAUUCUGCUAUAGAAAGUAAUAUUAAUUUUUCUUUAGAAGACAAAGAAAGUAAUAUGUUGGAUACAAAUAACUUGUGUAAAGAUGAAAAACUUAGUAUAAUAGACCCAGCAACUUGGACUGAUAAUAAUAUGACGCAACAUAUAAGAGCUGAAGUUGUUAAAUUUGGUCCAUACCAAGUGAAGGAUUUUGAUUUUCCAUACUCGGUUAUUGACGGCACAAAAACAAAAUUCUCGAAAUGUUAUUACACAAGAAAAUUGAUAAAUUGUGAAAUUAUAGAAAGACAUUCUUUAGUUUACUCAAAAUCGUGUGAUCGGGUAUUUUGUUUUUGUUGUAAACUUUUUUCUUCUUCUGGACCACAGCAAUCCUUAUUGUCAACUAUAGGUACCAACAAUUGGAAGUGUUUAUCUGAAAAUUUAAAAUCUCACGAACGUUCUAGCCUACAUUUAAAAUCUGUACAGAUAUGGAUGGAACUAAAGUUGAGAAUUUCGGAAAAUUCCACUAUAGAUAAAGCACAUCAAUCGGCUAUAGAGAAAGAAAAACAACAAUGGAAAAAUGUGAUGAUCCGCAUCAUUGCCGCUAUACAAUAUUUAGCAAAGCAUAACGAUGCUUUCAGAGGAUCUUCAGAUGUAAUGAAUACGGAAAAUAAUGGGAAAUUUAUAGGCAUUAUUGAAAUGAUGGGUAAGUUUGACCCAACUAUAAUGGAACAUUUACGUCGAAUAAAAAAUAAAGAAACUCGUAUUCAUUAUCUUGGUCACGACAUACAAAACGAGCAUUAG